UAAUUACUCACUAUUUACGUCUUUACUUGUUAGUUGUUGACAUGUUUGUAUUCCCCGCCUUGUAUUUUGUUUACAGAUGAGCGCGCAUCUAGUUUGCCGGCGUCUGGCUCCGGCUAGGCAAGUCAAAUACCGAUCCACAGCCAAUUUUAUUCAUUAAAAUUCGGGCGCUCGUAUGUACGGUAUGGCUGCGACUGAGCAAAUAGACGGUAUGAGUGACGGUGUUCAAUUUUUCGAGGGAGUCGAAAAGCUCCUCGAAAUCUGGUUUACCACAAGUGACGGGAAUAAUAAAGCACCCGAUUUACGUAAAAUUCCAAGAAUAAAAUUGGAAUCGCUUCUGAAAAUCGUACGUUGUGAAAUUAUAAGUUUUGUGAAAAACGACCAAAUUGAUGCUUACGUUUUAAGUGAGAGUUCUAUGUUUGUUUCGAAAAGACGUUUUAUUUUGAAAACAUGUGGUACGACUACUCCUCUUUUGUGUCUUCAGCCUCUUUUACUUUUGGCAGAGCAGUAUGCAGGUUUUACUGAAGUCGAAGACCUAUUUUAUUCCAGAAAAAAUUUUAAACGGCCAGAUCUGCAAGUUACGCCUCAUCAACAUUUUGAUCAGGAGGUAGCCCUUUUAGAUACUUUAUUCCCUGACGGUGCGGCAUACUGUUUGGGAGCUGUCAAUAAAGAUUGUUGGUAUUUAUAUACACUGAACCCUCUACCCCCAAGAAGCAGGAUGCUUGCUCUGUCCGAAACCGAGGAGCCAGACCAAACACUAGAAAUUUUAAUGACUGAUCUCGAUCCUGAAAUUAUGGCAAUUUUUACAAAAGAAGAGUGUUUAAAUGCUACGGAGGCCACAAAGAAAGCAGGAAUAGAUAAAAUAAUACCUAACAUGAUUAUUGAUGACUUCCUUUUUGAACCAUGCGGGUACUCUAUGAAUGGAGUGACUAAAAAUAUAUACCUGUGUGCACUUGUGGGCCAAUAUGAGCAGAGUAAGGGCUGUUACAUGACGAUCCAUAUCACACCAGAACCUGAAUUUUCGUAUGUUAGUUUUGAGACAAAUAUUCCUUCUAGUUCUUAUAGAGAAAUCAUCAACAAAGUACUGGACACCUUUAACCCCGGAAAAUUCACUGUUACCAUCUUCGCCAAUCAGGUUUCUCCAACAAAAGACACAUCAAAAGAGCUACUAUUCCUGGAUCAGUUUGGCAAGUGGCAGCGUCGCGAUGUUCAGCAGUGUAACUUCAAAAACUACGAUCUGAUCUAUGCAUUUUACUGUAAAUUCCCAAGCUGAGGGUGUCCGGUCAAGCUGCGUGAUGUCGCAGCUAACAAAUCAUUCUUCCUUUCAUUGUUCUUAACCUCAAAUCCAAUGUCAUCAUAUAAUCCCAUUCCUUUUCCUUUAAAUUUCGUUUUAAAUAAGUCACCUGCUACAUCUUCAAUCGUAUCCAUAUCUUCUUCACCAAUUAAAAGUAUUAUUUAUGCGAUUGAUAAAUUUCUUUUAACCUCGGACCCUUAUGUCCUAUUAAAACGAAUCCUUUAUUUGCAUGGUUUUUUGGAAUCAAAUAUUUUGUUGAACAAUUUCGAAGAGGCACAAAAAAAUAUUUUACCGAAAGAGUUUUUAUCAAGUUUAUUUGUUUAUUGCGAUAUUUUGCUUAUGGUCAUUAAAGUAUAUUCACAAUACAAAUUUAAUAUGAAGAAUCAUGAUUGUUACUUCAGUAAUUCACAUAAUAAACAAUCUAAGCCUCAGUUCAGUCCUUUCUCAUUUUUUUACAUUUAUUUUACGUUGUUCGCUCCUGUUUUCACAUUCACCGAUUUCGAGUCGCCACUGGUUUUGUUUUCCUGGUGGCGCAAUAAAAUAUCGUGAGAGUUACUGAAAAAACUUUUAAAGUAAGUAGUGCAUAGUGGACUUAUAUGUUAUUUGCCUUCAACCUAUGAGGGUUAGGAAAGACAUAUAUAGUUCUAAUUAUCCCCAAUUACACUAUGUUCUACUCCUUUAAAGGUUUUACUCGAUUUGUUUCUGAUUUUCAAGUAGAGUGCAUAUUUGCACUAUGUGUCAUUUUAAUGUAAAAAAGGGCCUUUGAAAAGAAUUUCUAUCUAAUAUUUUAUUUGUGUAGUUUCUAUAUCAGGGUUGGAAUAGGUCCAUUUAUUGUAAAAAAUAAGCUCUAGUAUUACCCGUUAUACAUAAAAACCGGAGGUAUUUCUCUUGUACAAACUAGUAGCUUAUUUUUUGUUCUGUUUUUUGGUAAAUUUAAUAAAGAGUCUAUAUCUUUUUUAUAUGAAUAUAUAAAUCUACUUUUCAGUCGAUUUCAUUGUAGAAAUUUAUCGUUUAUAAUAUAUUAUAGCAAAUUUUCCAUAUAUUAUCUCGGAAUGUAGUUUAGUUUAAACAUAUAGAAAUAUAUUUACAUAAUGUUGAUGUUUCGAACAAUUUAAAAAUUAAUAAACAUGA